AUGUUAGUUAGACAGUAGAUGAAUCAAUCUUUUUCUUUAAUAUAUAUAUUUAUUAAAAUGAAAUAAGCUAGCUAUUUUUUUUACAUUUAAUAAAUUUGCUCCUCUUUAAACGAAAUUUUUUAUAAAAAUUUUAGUGUAAACAAUUUUAGAAGUCAAAAUCAAUUAAAAUAGAUUACUCUAUCAGAAGUAUACAUUAAUUGGCAAAAUGUUUAAAAUAUUAUUGCUCAAAAUAUUGCUAAAUACUUAUCAACAAAAUAAUAAAGUUAAUUCGACCUAAAUCUAUUUGUUUAAGGUAGUUAAUUAUUUAAUGAAGAUUAAUGUUUUAAAAAUUGUGAAUAAAUCAAUAAAUAUGUUUAAAAUCAUGGCCUUAGCUUGAUUGAAAAUAAAGAGAGCAAUAAAGAAAGUGAAUAAAAGCAGAGUAAUGGAAUGGAAUAAUUAGAUCUGUAUUUAGAUCUCAAUACGAUGUGUUCAGAGGAAGCCAAAGUUAUUAAAAAUAUGCUGUUUAAGUUCAAAAAUAAUAUCAAAUUAAAAAAUAACUCCAAUUAAUGCAAAAUUUUUGAUUUUGAAACUUUUAUGAGUCCUUUAGAUAAACCUGUAAACACAUUCAAAAUUGAUCUAUGCUAAUCAGGAAAAAAUAUUUUUAAGAUUGGAGCUUAAAAGAUUGCUAAUGCUUUAGCAAAGUGCUAAAAUGCCACUAAAUUAAAUCUUUGCUUAAGUAAAAGCUCUAUAAAUGAUGAAAAAACUAAAAUUAUUACAAAAAUUUUGGAAAAGUUUGAAGAAAUAACUAAAUUAAGUCUCAAUUUAUCAUAAAAUUAAAUUGGUAUUUAAGGAGCUGAGUAUAUUUCAAACGCUAUUAAACACUUUAGGAAGGCCAUUUAAUUAGAUAUUAAUUUAAAUUAUAAUGAUAUAAAAGAAAAAGGUGUUUAAUGCAUAGCCUAUGCUUUAUAAAAUUGUCAAAAUAUUACCACAUUUAAUCUUUCCUUAAGUUAUAAUAAAAUUGGUGUAGAGAGCAUUAAAAAUAUUGCUAAUUCAUUGAAAAUGUUGAAAAAGCUUACUUAGUUGCAUCUUAAUUUAAGUAGUAAUUAAAUUGGUAUAGAUGGUACUAGUUAUAUCGCAGGUGUUUUGAAUUAUUGCAGUAAUAUUAACUAGCUAAGCAUAGAUUUAGGUUACAAUGAAAUUAAAGAUGAAGGAGUAAAUAUUUUAGCUAGUGGUUUGGAAAAAUGUGAAAACAUGGCUGAUCUAAAACUUGUUUUAUAAGAAAAUGAUAUUUCAAAUGAUGGUGCUAAGAAUAUUUCAAAUGUUUUGAAAAGAUGUAAUGAAAUCACUAGUUUAAAUAUUGAUUUUUCAGAUAAUAAAAUCAAUCGUGAAGGAUUCAACAGUAUCAUAAACAUUUUUUUUAAAUGUUAAAAAAUUACUCACUUAAGUCUUAAAUUUCAAAUCAAAUCUUAUUAAAAUAAACUUGUUGGUUUUAAAAAAAUUUAUCUGAAUACAUCUUUAAAUAUUGAAAAUAAUGAUGAACAAUCCCGUAAUAUUACUUAAUUUAGUCUUGAUUUAAGUGGUAAUGGAAUCAGUCCUGAGUAAACUUAGAAUAUUACAUAUUUUCUAAAAAGGUGUAAAAAUCUAUAGAAAUUCAAUCUUAACUUGGAAGGUAAUAAUCUUGAAGAUGGCCAUAUUUAAAUAAUAGCAAAUUUCUUGUAAAAUUGUCAAAGUCUCACUGAAGUAAUUCUCAAUUUAAGCAAAAAUAGAAUUUCUGCAGAAGGAGCUCAGAGUAUUGUUAAUUCUUUGACUAAAUGCUAAAAUCUCACACUUUUAAAUCUCGAUCUUUUUACACAUUUCAAUUUUCUCGCAGAAAAUAUUUGCAAAAUGUUGAAACAAUGUUAAAACCUUACUCAACUAUCUCUUCGAUUCAAUGCUUCGGAUGUGAAAUAAGAUAUCAAAAAUCUUCCUAUAAAUUUUCAGAAUCUCUCUGGUUAAAUAGAAAAAUUAUAAAAUCUUACUAGACUGGAACUAUCUUUUUUACGUCAUAAAAUUAAUGAUGAAGAUGCUUAUUAUAUCUCAAGAGAUUUUGUGAAAUGUUAAAACAUUACUUAACUAAAACUUGAUUUUAAGAAGAAUUCAAUCAGAGAUAAAGGAGCUUAAGAAAUCGCAAGUGCUAUUGAAAAAUGUUAAAAUAUUACUAAUUUAACUCUUAUUUUGAGUAAGAAUUGUAUAAGAAACUAAGGAGCUCAAAGCAUUUUAAAUACUCUGGAAAAAUGCAAAAAUAUUACUGAAUUAUAUCUUGAUUUAGAAAAGAAUCAAAUAAAUUGGGAAGGAAAUAAUAAUCUAAAAAACUCUUUAGAAAGAAGUCGACAUAUCAUAAAAUUAAAUUAUUUUUUUGACAAUUAUGAUGGAAAUGAAUACUCAGUAUGCUUUAAAUGA